AUGAUUUCGAAUCCACGUCUCUUGUUCUACUCCUGCAUUGCGAAAGGAACAGUGAUCCUCGCCGAGUUUUCUUCAAAGGAGGAGCCAGGAAUCGAAGCUUUGGCUUUGCGAUGCAUUGAAAACGUGCCUCCUCACCAUUCCAUGAUCUCUCACACAGUCCGAAAGAGGACUUACGCUUUCGUCGUCGACGGUUUGUUCUCGUAUUUCGCGAUCCUAGACGAGGUCGUGGAGAAAUCGGAAUCUCUCUGGCUCUUCGGCCGAUUGAAAUCCGCCACGGAGGCUCUGGUCGCGGACGGAUCUGCAUCGGAUUCGCUGGAUAACCCGACCCAGCUCUGUCUCCAAUCAAAGCUCGAUCCAGUUUUCGCCGAGAUCGCUGCUAGUGGUGGUGGUGGUAAUAGAGAUUUGGAAUUGGAGUUGGGUUUGGUUGGGUCUCCGAGGGAGUUGGAUUCACCGAAAGGACGCGGGUUUAUGCCGCUUCUGGGGAAGCCGUUGAGGGUGUUGAAGAAUAAGAAGAGAUUGCAGACGGAGGGCAAAGGGGAAGGCGCGGAGAAGAAAGUGGAUUUGGGAGGAGGCGUGGUUAGCAAAGGAUUGAGAGACGGGUUGCUUCAUGAUCAUCAUCAUAGACAAAAGGCGAAGCACAUUUGGAGGAAACAUGUGUGGAUUGUUUUGAUGUUCGAUGUCUGCGUCUGUGUUGUUCUGUUCGGAAUCUGGCUUUGGGUUUGUCAAGGGUUUCAAUGCAUCCAAGCCUAA